AUGGCCAACGGCUUCUCCGUUGUUGAGGUUGAUACGUGGUUAGAAGUCAUUCCUCAGAUCAUUGCCCGCAUCCAAACUCCAAACGUCAAUGUGCGGCGAAAUAUCAACAACCUUCUUACCGAAGUCAGAAAGCACCACCCCCAGGCUCUCAUAUAUCCUUUGACUGUAGCUUCCAAGUCCUCUAGCACAUCUCGGAAGAAUGCAGCACCUGCAAUCGCGAAGUACGAAUGCGCAAUGGCCUCAUGUUGCUAG